AUGCUGAAAAGGGCCUUGACACCCAGAGUGCUCAAAAGGUUCUCAUCAACUUCUUCUUCAAAACCAUUCUAUAUUUCCACACCGAUUUUCUACCCUAAUGCUGCUCCUCAUUUAGGUCAUUUGUAUUCAAUGGUGCUUUGUGAUGUCCGUAAUAGAUGGGAGAAACUUAGAGGAAAUGAAUCAUAUUUCACUACAGGAACAGACGAACACGGGUUGAAAAUCCAAGAAGCUGCUGAAAAGAAAGGAAUACCACCAAAGGAAUUUGUUGAUCAACUAUCUCUAGUAUUUAAGAAUUUAGCUCAAUUAUCGAACAUCGGCUAUGAUAGAUUUAUCAGAACUACUGACCAAGAUCACUUGAAAGCCGUGGAGCAUUUUUGGAGUGUUUUGAAAGAUAAAGGUUAUAUUUAUUUGGGGAAUCAUCAUGGUUAUUAUUCAGUUUCUGAUGAAGCUUUUUAUACAAAGACUCAACUUUUCGAAAAAGAUGAUAAACUAUAUUCCAAAGAAUCAGGCUCCGAAGUGAAACCAUUUUCAGAAGAGAAUUAUUUUUUCAAAUUAUCAGCAUUUAAAGAUGAUCUUAUUAAAAUAAUCGAAACAAACCCAAAAUUCAUCAUCCCAGAGAGUAGAAGCAUUGAGGUGCUAAACAUUUUGAAAACUGAAGAAUUACAAGAUCUAAGUAUUUCACGUCCUUCAUCAAGACUAAGAUGGGGAAUAACUGUUCCUGGUGAUGAAUCUCAAAAAAUUUAUGUCUGGAUUGAUGCAUUAGUUAAUUAUAUCACUUAUGCAGGAUACCCAAGCCUGGGAAAGAAAUGGCCAGCUACACACUUGAUAGGUAAAGAUAUCACGAGAUUCCAUUGUAUUUAUUGGCCUGCAUUGUUAUUGGCUGCUGGAGUGGAAAUCCCUCAACAAAUUGUUGUGCAUGGUCAUUGGAUCGCUGAUGGUUUCAAAAUGUCCAAAAGUAGAGGAAAUGUUGUUGAUCCUAUCUUGAUGGCUGAAUAUUAUGAUUGUGAUGUUCUCAGAUUGUUCCUCUGUGAAAAUUCUGUGCUAAGUUCUGAUAAUAAUUUCAGUGAAAAGAAAUUGUUCAGCACAAGAUCCUUGUUGACUGAUAAGUUUGGUAAUUUGAUUAUAAGAUGUUGUGCAAAGAAAUUUAACGCUGAAAGAGCUAUUUCGAGUUCACAGGAAUUUGACUAUACUAAAUUGGAUCAAUCAACUCAAAAUUUACUUAAUGAAUUGAAAAACAAUGUAAAUAAAUUAUAUUCUGAAAUGGAUCCAAAGAUGUCAGAUUUCAAAACAGCCUCAGCAAUACAAGAUAUAUGGAAUGUUAUUGGUCAAGCAAAUCAUUUAGUGGAAACUUCAGCACCAUGGGCUAAGGAAGGGGAAGAACAAGAUAUAAUAAUAUAUUCAGCUUUAGAAGCUGCUAGAGUUUGUUCAAUAUUGAUCCAACCAUUCAUGCCAACUUUAUCAAAGAAAUUUCUAGAUAGAAUGGGUGUUGAGAAGACUGGAGUCGAAUAUGCAAAAUUUGGUGCUGAUUUAAGUUAUGGUAAAGGAAUCAAUAGAUCCGGAGACGUUCCUUUAUUAAGAAUCAAGAUGAGAGAAAUCUGAGACCAGUUAUAAAUAAUGAAGUUAUGCAUUUU